GGAACUUUUUUUUCUUCUUUCAUAUAAAUAUCGUGCACCGCCAUUGUUCCUUCCCGUAUCUUUACUUGUUCGUCUUUCCCUUGUUUUACACUUGCGCGGGUCGCUUCAGUUGAACAUCGUCGCUUUUCCUUACUUUUACUCCUUCCCUUCUUUAUUAACUUUUGUGCAGAGCACCUCUUUCGAUAUCCGUGCGUUUAUAUAACUCCUGACUAAAAGAAAUGCAAUUCCUUUCUCUUAUUCUCGCCGUUGUUGCCUGCUUCAUUUUGGCCACCGAGGCUUCCCUUCACUCCUCCAACGCCGACCGUCAUAUGUCUCGUGCCGAACGAACCGUGCUGUCCAAACGAUCAACUUAUCAUGGCAAAGCUACCUGGUUCGUCCCUUCCAAGGAAGGUGGCUCCGAUGGCGCUUGCGGUAAACACGAAGAUGAUGAUGCUCUUAUUGUUGCCUUGAACCAUCCUCAAUAUGGUGACAUGUCUUCCAAGAGCAAAUGGUGUGGUAAAAAGAUCAAGAUUUCCGCCAACGGCAAACACGUUACUGCUACCGUGAACGAUGCUUGUCCGGAAUGCAAGCACGGCGAUCUUGAUUUGACCCCCGUUCUUUUCGAAAAGUUGGCCGAUCUCGAUAAAGGCAUCAUCAAGAUUUCCUGGACUGAAAUCUAAAAAAUUCUUUGUUCGUUUUUUUUUUGUCAUUUCAGCCACUCUUUAUAACUAACCAAAUAAAUUGUCAUACCUAUCCCUUUUUUUUCGUUCUUUUCUUUUCCUUUUUCCAACCAAACGGGUAGUCUCAUGCAAAAAC